GUACGUUACAACAUACUUACAAGUCAGCGUAACACCUAAUUAUGUCUUUGUCGGGCUGUCCUUGUCUCAACUUCUCCUCAUCAUCUGUUUACUUCGACUGAGACGACAUGCUCUCCACUGGUGCAAUUCUGCGAGUUUGCAUGCGCAGAGACAGUUCAAAACACGUUUUGUACUGUGCGCGGCGGUUUCUUCAGACAGAGUCGCGGGAAGCAUACCUCGAACCCGUGCAGACACACCCCGGAGUGUCAUUUCUGUCGCUAAACCGACAACAGGCAAAGAACGCCAUUUCUUUGCGAUUGCUGAAGGAGUUUCGUGAAUGUCUGGACACGGUGCAGUUCGACAACAGCGUUCGUGUCCUCAUCGUGCGGUCCUCCACGCCUGGUUCGUUCUGUGCAGGGGCCGAUCUCAUCGAGCGACGCACGAUGAGCAAACCCCAGGUGGACAAAUUCCUUCUCGACCUGCGCGCCGCGCUAGGUGUCCUCGAGACCUUGCCCAUGCCUACUAUCGCAGCUAUUGAUGGGCCUGCACUGGGCGGAGGCCUUGAACUUGGCCUCGCCUGUGAUCUGCGCGUCGCAGGCCACUCUGUGACGAAGAUCGGACUUCCUGAGACUCGACUGGGGAUCAUUCCCGGCGCGGGCGGCACACAGCGGCUCACUCGCCUCCUUGGAUUGUCGAAGGCUAAGAGCCUAAUUUUCACGGCCAAAAUGUUGACAGCUACGGAGGCCCUGGAGUUGGGCGCUGUGGACUACGUAUCUGCUCCCGAGCAGAGUGCAGUCGACCGUGCGCUGGCGUUGGCGAAGGAAAUGAGCUCGAAUGCGCCACUCGCCCUUCGUGCGGCAAAGCAAGCGAUCUCGCGAGCACCUGAGUUGAGUCUGGAAAGCGGGCUUGAUUUCGAGCGCGCAGCGUAUGAACCGCUGUUGAAGACGAAUGACCGCGUCGAGGCGCUCAACGCAUUCAAAGAGAAGCGCCUACCUGUGUUCAAGGGCGAGUGAAGCAAGUCGGGCUUCAGGCGUUCAUAUAUCAACUACCUAUUUCGUGCUGAACAUUCGGGGGACACCGUGGCGGUUCGUGGAUGCUUCGUUCUGCGGCGUGGGGCACCAACCCCAAUGGUCGUGGUACAUGGAGCUGCUUUACACAUAACAAUGCUGUACUGUUAGGCAGCCGGGCACCUUUGGACUGUGUAUAAUACUUACUUAUGUCAGCUAUGUACAGUAUGUACUCACUGGGCGGCAAUGUAUGUAAUCUGGAUCAAACACUUCUCGAGGUUAG